AUGAAGUUGUAUUUAAAAGUGUUGGUUGGAUUAGCAAUUGUAGUUGCGACAGUUUCCACACAAAAUAAUAACUGCAAACUGACGGGCAAUUCGUUGGACAAUCUUAACUCUAUUCAGCGACAAUGCACUGAGAUUGUAAUAGAAAACUUGACAGUGCCUGCAAAUGGAACUUUAUUAUUAACAAGACUUCAGAGUGGUACUAGAAUAAUUUUCAGAGGAAUCAUAAGAUUCGAAUACGAAGAAUGGAAUGGAGAUUUUAUUGUAGUAUCAGGCUCAAACGUUACUGUUAUUGGAGAACCUGGACACCUUUUCGAUUGCCAUGGUGAAAGGUGGUGGGACAGCUUCGGUGGAAAUGGUGGCAAAUUAAAGCCGAAAUUUUUCAAGGCUACCAACUUAAACUAUUCCACUGUCACAGGGUUGAACGUAAGAAAUACCCCGAAACAUGUUUUUUCCGUUACCCACUGCAAUCAUGUCGUGUUUUCGAACAUCAUAAUAGAUAAUUUGGACGGGGAUACAAGGGGUGGGCAUAACACUGACGGAUUUGAUUUGAACAAUUCUAACGAUAUAACGAUUCAAAACAGUAGCAUCGUUAAUCAAGACGAUUGUCUCGGGAUCGGUUCAGGAACAAAUUGUAAUUUUUUUCACAACUACUGUUCCGGUGGUCAUGGAAUAUCCAUCGGUACGGUGGUCGAAAAUGUUCACGUUAAAAAUUGCACUGUGGUAAAUUCGGAAAACGGAAUUCGGAUUAAAACCGCCGUAAACGCAACAGGCCAUGUACUUGACAUUAAGUACGAAGAUAUAACUAUGAGAAAUAUUACCAAUUUUGGUAUAUUGGUACGAGGCGACUAUCUGAAUACCGGACCCACCGGACAUCCUACAGCGGGAGUCAUUAUUAGAAACUUUACUCUUAAUAAUAUUCACGGUUGGGUACGAGAAUAUGCAGUCAACGUCUUCGUGCUUCUUGCAGACGGUGUAGCCUCAGACUGGAAAUGGACCAACGUUAGUGUUACAGGCAGCAUAUUGAACAACUUCACCUGUACUGGAGUCCCACCAAAUUCAGGAGUUGAAUGUUAAACACAAUUAUAUCAUAUAUGUAUAAAUAGCAAAUAAAUAUUUUCUGAAUGUUUCAAAAUACGAUC